AUGGUGAGCAGAGGUGGUCGCUCGAAAGGUUGCUCGAACUGUCGAAAGCGUCGAGUGAAGUGUGAUGAAACGCGCCCAACCUGUCUUCGCUGCAAGAAGCGAGGGCUUGAGUGUGAUGGCCCAAAAGACGUAACUUGGAUCAAUCAAAACACAAACUUCUCCUCCGACUCGAGUCCUGAAAAUGCUGUAGUUAUAGCCUCGCCGACUCUGCCGACGCAGCUUUCUCUCGAGGCCUUUGGAGAGGCAAUAUGUCUAGCUUAUACACGUAAGAAUCUGCUAAGAGGCGGACCAGUUGAGCUGGCGUGCAACAUGAUUGAGCGAGAUCAGAGUAGCCUAAUUCUCGAUAACCCGGGCCUCGAUCUGUUACGGCACUCCAUGCUCAGUCUCUCAGUCACGUUCUUUGGCAAGCAGCAUCGUCAAAAGCAAAUCACUCGUCGAGGAUAUGCUCAGUAUGGCGAAGUUCUGCGACAGCUCAACUCACAUUUAGCUCGACCAGAGCUGCAGACUACCGACGAGACAAUACUCACAGCCUUGACCUGCAUGCUUCUCGAAAUCUUCCUACCGACUGGCCCGAAGAACUUCUUCAAGCACCAUCGAGGUCUAGAAGCCAUCAUGGCUAUGCGCGGUCCACCGACAGACACGACUGGAAACACAGCGACUAUCUUCCGAGGACUGAGGAUUUUGUCGAUUAUAGGCGCACUCGCAGAAUCGAGACCUUCGAUAUACGCAAGAGAUGAAUGGAAGUACGCACCGCCACCAGCCGACGCAACCGAAGGGAGCAUGCUGCAACAUCACAUAUUCACCUGUCUAGCCGACUGCACACAGCUCAUGGGAGAGCGCAACGCGAUGCUCGACGGCAGCGCUCCGCUGUGGAACUACGAGCCGCUCUUGCAACGCGUGCAAAAUACACUCGACGACCUCAACAAGCUCUACCCAUUAUGGCAGCGCUUCAACGCCUCACUCCUCGACCCAAACAAGCCUCUCUCCCCGCUGGCUGAGGAAUUGGGCGUCGCGAACCACCACUCAGCCACGGCGCUGAUGCUUUACCACACCGUGCACAUCUGCAUCCUGCAGAUCAUCGACUCGCUCACGCCGUCACCCGAGAACACUGCGCUCCGCAAUCAAGCCGCAGUCACCAUAGCGAAAUGUCUCGAGCUAAAAGAAUACGAAAAGCGCGAAGGCGCACACGAGUCCAACACCAUCGGCUUCGUCGCAACGAAAGUCGCAUGGCAAGCUCUUGGCGGCUUCGACUCGCCCGAAGGCCGGCGGCUGGCAAAGACGGUCAACACGGCGCUCAACGCCGUCUCGCCCAUGCCGCUGGAUGACAAGGAAGCCUGGGAGCAAGCACAACCCGACGAGAUACGAGAUGCGUUCUUUGCGCGGUUUGUGAAGAGGGUCCCGAUCGGGACGCCGGCUGAUGAGGCUAGGGUUGUGGGAUUGCUGCAGUUGCCUGAAGUGAUAAAUAUUGGGUAUAAGAACACCCGCCAGCCUGGCAUGUUGCCCGCAUGA